CCCCAUGGGCGGAUCAAAACAACCAGCGAGGUGAAGCUUAGCUCGACUGGGAGGCUCUCAUGGAGAUCAACAAGAAAGAGGAUAAAGGAGAAGAUGACACCGCAGGCCCUGAGGGGGAGAUGACAAAGGAGGAUGUUUCAGAGCCUGUGGAAGGCGACACAGUCCUGGGCUGCUGCACUAGACUCGCUAGACUCUCUUCUCAUCAGCGUCCAGUGAUCCACCAGGUGGCCUCUGCACCCAUGCCCAGUGACUGUGAGUUCUCUUUUUUUGACCCCAGUGAGCCGCAAUGCAGGGAGGUUCUUUUGGAUCCCAGCACUACCAUACCGGAGCUGUUUGCUGUCCUCAGGCAGUGGGUGCCCCAGGUUCAGAAGAACAUCGAUCUCAUCGGCAACGAGAUCCUAAAGAGAGGCUGUGGUGUGAACGAUCGAGAUGGUCUGACAGACAUGAGCCUCCUGCACUAUUGCUGCAAGGCCGGAGCCCCAGGCAUCGGUGAUGCAGACACAGCAGCGAGCUUUGCUCGCCAACUCCUCACCCUUGGUGCGGAUCCAAACCUUCGCUCACGUUGGACCAACAUGAGGGCGCUGCACUACGCUGCUUACUUUGAUGUGCCCCAGCUUAUCCGUGUGGUGCUGCAGGCAUCCCAGCCUGGAGAUGUUGAUGCCACCUGCAGUGACUUUGAUUUUGGCACAGCUCUGCACAUCGCUGCAUCCAACCUGUGCACAUCAGCUGUCAAAUGUCUGUUGGAGCUGGGAGCCAAUCCUGCUUUCAGAAAUGAUAAAGGGCAGUGUCCAGCAGACGUGGUGCCUGAUCCCCUCGACAUGCCCUUGGAGAUGGCCGAUGCAGCGGCCUUGGCCAAAGAACUCCGGACUUUGCUGAGACAAGCGUUACCCAGACCCAGCUCUCCUCUGCCCCUCACACUGAAAGCCCAGACCCUCCCUGGUCUCUCUGAGAAGGCCAGGAUACAGCUCGCCUCCAUGGGAAUUCGACUAGGUGACCGUGUGGUUAUAGCUGGACAGAAGGUUGGAACUCUGCGGUUCUGCGGCAGCACCGAGUUUUCUGGAGGCCUGUGGGCCGGAGUGGAACUGGACAAACCGGAGGGGAAGAAUGAUGGCUCUGUAGCAGGGGUUCAGUAUUUCGCCUGUCGAAACAAGCAUGGAAUUUUUGCUCCCCUGUCCAAGAUAAGCAAAUCUUUGGAAAGACAUAAAACCAGCACCACAAAGAUGACUACUCCCAUGCGUCCCCCUCGUCGCAUUGACCUGUCCCGGAUUACUUCUAAGAUUAACACAGGCAUCCUCUCCCGCUCCCUCUCCUCUUCGUCCUCUUCUCUGGACUCUCGACACGGACCGGGUGCCCGACCUCGUCCACUGCCAAGGCAACGCCUUCCUGCCAGGCAGCGACGGGAGCGCGUUUCCCCGAGUCCCAGAACAACACCUUUACCAGCCCUCCGCUCUUCUUCUGGCACCACAGCAGUUAACAGUGCAGGUUUUCGAAGCCGAACCCCCUCAGGUAGUAGCUCCUUGUGUGAUAGCUCCGAGGUGCGCCUGGGGGAGAGGGUGCUGGUGGUUGGUCAGAGAACCGGGGUUGUCCAGUUCUAUGGAAAAACCAGCUUUGCUCCAGGACUCUGGUUGGGCAUCGAGCUGGACAAGCCGAGUGGUAAAAACGACGGGUCAGUGGGAGGAGUGAGGUACUUCAGCUGUCCACCAAAACAUGGCGUCUUUGCUCCUCCGUCUCGUGUUCAGAGGAUCCACGGAUCUGUUGAUUGUCUUUCAGAGCUCACUUCCUCACGCCUCAGUCAUCCUUUAAGUGGGACAAUUCGUCGCAGUUUCAGCACAUCAUCGGCCAUCGCCACUCCGAAGGAGACAAACAAAAGAAGCCCUGUUACCAGGAGUCGUUCCAACCCUCACCGCCGGCGUUGGAGCACCCUCAGUGGGGGCAGUGGAAGUAUUCCUGGAAGCACUGCAGGCUCCAGUCCCUCUCCAGGCUCUGACGGACAGGUCCGCCUCCACAUGGGCAUGCAAGUCCUGCUGAGCAGUGCCAAUGAGAUGGCAGUCAUCCGUUACCUGGGCACAGCAGACUUUGCCCCAGGCCUUUGGCUGGGUCUGGAGCUCCGAAGCCCCAAGGGCAAGAAUGAUGGCUCAGUGGGGGGCCGUCGCUACUUCAGCUGUCGACCCGGCCACGGUGUACUGGUUCGCCCCAGCCGUGUCACUUAUCGUGGCAUCAAUGGUUCACGCUUGGUGAAUGAAACCAGCUGAGGCCUGCAGGACGCUUUCUGUUUAUAAUCCACUCAAAGCAAAAAAUUUUAAGUGUAAACUUCUCCAUCAUUGCAUUGUGCAUUAAUGUUUUCAGUCAUAUACUCUUGUAACAGGACUAAAACCACUUAGUAAGUACUUAUUUUAUGAAAAUGUAAAGGACAUAAAAGCACUUUAUAAAGUUAACUUUAAAUUCUUAAUAGAAUUUGUUUGGCAUGGUGGGUAGGCGGGUGAGGGGGUCUUAAUAAGACAUUAAACGCUGCACUACUUUAAAUCUGAUUGCACUGGCAAACAUGGCUAUGAUAGAUUAGAACAGGAUAAAGUGGAUAGUAUGCAUGUCCACAAGUGAAAACUUUUUCUAUACCCAAAGCUAAUUUUGAUCACAUCAAAUGAGAUUUUUAUCAGAUAAUUUAAGUGGUAACGUAGUCCACUAUCUAACCAAAAGAGUGCAUGCGUUUGUGUGUGUGUGUGUGUGUGUGUGUGUGUGUGUGUGUGUGUGUGUGUAUGUGUAUGUGUGUGCAUGUUAAUUAAGAGCACUUUGAAACAAGAGAGAAUGAUUUUUUUUUUUUUUUUUUUUAAACCACGGUUGCUUUAUGGCUUACAGAUAAUUGACAGAUACUGAAUCCAAACUGAAUACUCACUUUAUGAAUCAAUGAGAAUUAAAAAAGAUUUAAUUAAGCUUAGACCUCCAUCAACCUUCAUUAAAAUACAGCUGCAUCAACAGGAGUUGUUUCCUCCGAUGUGCAACAGCCUCCAUCUCAGACUGUCUAUUAACUGCAGACAAACGAUGGUUAUAUUGUGCUGUGGCAUAGCAAAGAUCUGUACCUAUUUGGCUGUGAUUCCAUUAUGGUUGGCAUCAAACUGAUGACACUUUUACAGCAGCGAUGGUAUUUGGGUCUAAUAUGACAUCAAAGCAGAUAUCGAUUGUUCUCUUUUAAAAGUGCAUUAACUGCAGCUGAAACCUGACUGUUCACCCCAAAAUAAAUUUUAUGUAUGGGCGCUCUGGCCUGUAGUGCUGUUUAGCCCUUUUUGAUGGAUCUUUGAUUUGCAUUGCCCAGUUUUGGAGACAAUGGCUGUAAAAAUGUCUCUUAAAUAGUCUCUUAAAUGCAUGUGUAAGACAUUGUAGUGGUACAUGAAUAGUAAAUAUCAGCCCAACCUUUUUUGUUUAAUGAUGCAGGUUUGUACUGCAAAGUUAUUGAGAUUUGAGAUGGCACACAGCUAAUGAUAUUCAUGAAACUGACCGGGUGUUUGCUCAUAAUUAAUACUGAGAAUUAGUAUUUUCUUCAUUAUUGAUGCAGAAGAAUACUGUCUCAAACGGUCUGCCUUGAGUACAUAAUUAUAAUGUAGUAUGCUUCAUCAUUGACCUGUGCAGUGGAGCAUAUCAGACACUUAGUAAGAUUUAGGCUAAUUUAAAAGUUGACUUGUUUUCUUUUUAAGUGGAUUAUUUUAUUGAAAUAAUCUUUGUAUUGUAACCUCAGAGAGCAAAACAAAAAGUGCUUGUUUUCUGAAUCAGGGCUGCCUGUGCUGGCAAAUAGCCUAAUGUAAAAAAAUCUGCCAUGUCAACAAAUUCAAGGAGUUCAUCAUGAUUCAGCACCAACGUGCGGAGUGUUGGUUGCUGUUUUGUCAGUGUGGCCCUUCAGGGAAAAAAAAUAUUGCCACUUCUUAAGUAGUAGAAAAAAAAAGUCCUUCAUGAAACUGCUCAUAACAAAGUUUGUGAUUUUUUUUUUUUUUUUUUUUUUUUUUUUUUUUUGUUCUAUGGUGUUUAAGAGGAGUUGGACAUCUCUACAGCUGAUGUCUCCAAAACUCCAAAACCGUGCAGAUGGCAAAAAUAGUACCACAGGCCAUCGGAAAAAUCUGCAUUUGAUUCAGUGGUGAAGUUUCUCUUUAAGGCUCAUUCGUCCACAAUGAGUGUUUUUUUUUUCUCUUUCUCUUCAGCAUUGUCUAGAAUAGUUUCAGCUCCACUGUGACAGAUUCAUAUCUUUUUGUCCCUUGGAGUGAGCAUUAAAUCUGUCAGAGCUGUCACAAUGUCACACUUUCAAUUUGCAUUAUAACCUGAAUGUGAAAAAGCUCAUUGUGAUUCUGUACUUUGAGCUGACUCCUGUCAUUUUUGAACUGUGUAAUCUGCUAAUGUCAGGUGUUAAAUGUGUGAGAUUUAAAGGAGUGUUAGCAAGUGAUUUAAAAGCUCUCUUGAAUCUCCCCAGCUUUGGUAUCUAACAGUAAAAUAUGGUAUCAUUGCAUUUGUAGAGGAGUGGGCAUAAUUGUAUUUGAUGCUUAAUUAAAGCAGUAUGGCACAGGAAAUAUGCAAUCAUCCAGAAGCUUCAAGCACAGAGUUUGCUAUCUGAUUAGAGCCGUGUCAGCGGAGAAACAAGCUAUUGCUUGUGCAUGUUGAGAAACAGGCCCAGCAUUCAGUAAAACACUCAUGUACCAUCCAAUUAGGGCGCGUAUGCCACAGCAGCAGCAGCUGCUGAAUCACCUGUGGCCUUCUCUCAUUGAUCUGUCUGGUCAGGGCCCCUUGUGAUUGAAGAGCAGUGGUGGUCAGACACAAGGUUGUCUAAAAUACAUACCACAGUGGAAAAUAUUCCCACUGAAACAUUUUCCACACUUAUAAAAAGCUUCUCAUUUACAUUAAAGCCAUCUUUGUGGUGAUUUCUGCAACAUUUCUAUAAAUAUUCGACUUUUCAGAUUGCAUCUUCAGACUUGCGUUUCUUGUGGGUAUUUUCUUUAAUGCAAUUCCCAAUAUGUAUAUUUGAAGUGUGUGUGAUUGUGUGACAGAGGGAUUUGUUCUGAUGCAUUUACACGUUGUCAGUAAAAAGCAGUAUUUGUAAAAUAAAUGAAAGUUUCCGAUCUGA